AUGGCCGACUUUUCUCGCUUGACUGGAAAAUUUCGCAUACAAAAGGAUAAUGCUAUAGACCCUGCUAGCACCAUAAAACUCCACCUGCAAUCACUAGUCUGCACUCAAUGUCGCAAGGCGAAAUUGCGCUGCGAUCGCCAACAGCCUUGCACCUCGUGCGUACGAAGAGGUGAGGCGGUCGUCUGCUUGUAUCAGCAGCCCCGGCAAAAUUACAAGCAGCUUUUGACAGCGCAAGAUCGACUGUCCCACCUAGAGUCGCUUGUAAGAGAUAUGAUGCGUCCUACAGAUAAACCCUCUGCCACUGGCACCUCUACCAACGAUCAAUCACCUGCCAAUCUAAUGGGACUUCCUUAUUCUGAUCCGGCUCAAAAUAUGAGUGCAGCAAAUUAUGUUGGCUCAACCCAUUGGUCUGCUAUCCUCGACGACAUACAGGAGCUCAAAGCGACUCUGGAUGGUGAAGGAGAAUCCUCGGGAAUAGAUGCCAGCGCACCGGAUCUAGUAUUAGGCCCACAAAAGGAGACCGUCCUUUUUGGCUCAUCCGAAAGCUAUUUGACGAAGCAUAUUAUCUUACAUUUUCUACCACCGAGAGAAGAGGUAGAUCGGCUACUCGCAGUCUUCUUCCGAGGGGAAAGCUUUAUUAUUCCGUUUAUCCAUAUGUUCCAGUUUCAACGUCAGUAUAAUUCAUUUUGGGGCAACCCGACGGAAACUAAUGUCCUUUGGAUUUCGGUGCUAUUCUCUAUAUGUUGCCUAGCCAGUCUUAUACAGGGUGCGACUGGUCUUCCUCCGUGCUCUAGCGAUGAGGUGACCGCUCGAACCGCACAAUUCCAUAUAGCAGCGGGCAAAUGCUUGGUGACGGGGGAAUAUCACCGCCCGCAGCCAUUUGCGGUGGAAGCACUCGCUAUUUACGCCCAAUGCAAAAGCAUGCAAAGUCUCGACCCAUCCCGAGAAGCCGGGGUCAUUUUCUCAAUGGCAGUCCGCCUGGCCUACGAAUUGGGUUAUCACCGAGACCCGGACUUUGUCGGUUCGUUUACAGUCUUCGAGGGGGAAAUGCGCCGACGGCUUUGGGCUCUUCUCAAACAAUUCGACGCCAUGAUCUCGUUUCAGUUGGGUCUUCCAAGCAAUAUAUGCAUUGAGAACUGCGAUACAAAGUCUCCAAGGAACCUGUCAGAUGCGGACUUCAACGUCGAUACCCAAGUGCUUCCAAUAUCGCGUGCAGAGACUGAGCCCAUGGGAAUACUUUGGUUCAUUGUCAAAGACCGACAGAUGAACAUUUUCAGCUCGGUGUGUCGGGAGACCCUAAGCUUUCACGACAAAUCGGAGACACAGAUCAUCGAGCUAGAUGAUCAAAUUAAACAGAUGCACACUACCAUACCGAAAAUAUUACGAACUCGACCUAUAUCUGAAUCUGUUUCAGAUCCACCUUUUUUGAUCAUGGUACGCAUAUACGUGGAAUUCAUUUAUCUGAAAAGUCUGUGCGUUCUUCAUCGCAAGUACAUGAGCCAAGGAAAUACGUUUAGCACUGAGGCAUGCUUCAUUGCCGGGCGACGCCUAGUGAGUCAGUUUAUUGAGAUGUAUAAGGAAUUCGCACCGGGAGGACAACUUUGCCAGGAGCGCUGGAUGCUUACUAACUUUACUAUGAAUGAUUUCUUGAUGGGUGUCAUGAUUCUUUGUCUGGUGAUUCAUACCGGGCGCAGAAGGGACCUACAGCUAUCACUUAUGCACCCCAGUUAUGAAAAGACGAUUUUCUCGCUACUGAAGCAGGCCCAUGCCAUUUGUAUCGAAAGGUCUUCUGCAAGCCGAGAUGCGCGAUAUGUUGCCCGGGCGGUAAAGGCUAUUCUAGAAGAUCCUCCAGCACAAGAAAGUACGAUGACCCCGUCUGAGCUGGCAAUUCAGUGGAAAGAUAGCAAUUCUUUAGGAUGGUUGGACCCUUUCUGUAUGGAAGGCAACGAAACAGACUGGGGUCUAUUUGACUCUCUGAUGAUGAAUCAGAACAUUUAA